AAUCAACCUAUUUUUGCAAACAGUUAUCAAAUUGCAAACGAUUCAAGAUUUUGAAUGCUAUGGGAUGGGGCAGGUAUGGUAAGAUCUUACGACCACCCCAAACGGGGAAUGGCGAGAUGAAGCCGUGAUAAUCCUCGAGAUUUCUAAAUUUAGAAAAUUACUUGUCAAUUCUAACCAAAAACACCAAAUCAAUCUGUUGUAUCUUCUCGGAAAUCACAGGAAGAUCACCAUAAACAUUUACAUUUGUGAUUCGAUUCGCUUCCUUUCAAUACGAUUCUGGUCGAUUAGCCUAUUGUGAUGGAGCGUCUGUUAGGGCUUCUCAGAAUUCGGAUCAAAAGAGGUGUGAAUCUCGCAAUUCGUGAUAUUAAUUCCAGUGAUCCAUAUAUCGUCAUCAGAAUGGGUAAACAGAAACUUAAGACUCGAGUCAUGGAGAGGGAUGUGAACCCCGUGUGGAACGAAGACUUGACUAUUUUCGUUUAUGAUCCUGAGCUUCCAAUAAAGCUGGCAGUCUUGGACCAUGACUUUUUUAGCAUGGAUGAUAAAAUGGGAGACGCAGAAUUUCACUUAAAGCCAUUUUUGGAGGGUCUAAAGAUGAAUCUGAAGAACACCCCAAGUGGCACUGUAAUUAAUCGGAUAAAGCCCAACAAGUCAAAUUGCCUAGCAGAAGAUAGUUGCAUAACUUGGAGAAACAACGUUGUUGUUCAAGAUUUGUGUCUAAGAUUGAGAAACGUGGAAUGUGGUGAAGUCGAAAUCGAGCUACAUUGGAUUGAUGUUCCUGGUUGUAAAUUGUCUUAGAAAUUUGAUGCAUUUCAUGUCUUGUAUAUUUGCCCAAUACUUGUUUUGUUUGUACAUGUUUUACAUCCAAUAUUGUAUGUUGAAAGCCUGAGAUAUUAUUUAAGUCAAUAGUACUCAUAUUCUUGAAA